AAUUUCGUCUGUUCGUUUUCCCAUAGACAUGCUGUAAAAUAUUAAAUUUGUAAAUAUUGCUUAAUAACGAGAGUAAUGUCCCUUUGCCGGUAGAUGUCGGACAAAAAACAUGGCGGCAAAUAAGGAAGCAAUAGCGAUCAUCCUAGAUGUGGGUCCAUCCAUGAACCAGGCACCACCUGGUGUUGCUACCCCAAUGGAGACUGCACUUGAAGCCAUAAUGAUGAUCCUGCAGAGAAAGAUGUUUGCUGAGUCCAAAGACGAGAUAGCGUUAAUUCUGGUUGGCUCUGAGGAGACUGAUAACCCUCUCGCUGAGGGAGACAACUACCAGAACAUUUCCAUCGCCAACCCUCUUGGCAUUGUGGACUUUGACUUUCUUAAGCUCGUCCAGACUGAUGUCAAAGCAAGCACUGUUUCUGGGGACUUUCUGGAUGGUAUAGUAGUAGCAAUGGACCAUAUUGUUAAUGCUAUGCAAGGCAAGAAAGGGUUUGGUUUCAAGCGGCUUAUCCUAAUGACAGACCUGGGUGGAGAGUUUGGGGACGACCAGGUGGACAACAUUGUAGCCAGCAUCAAGAACUCCGAGACAGAGCUCAACAUCAUAUGCCCGGAUUUUGAUGAGGAGGACGAGAAGGGCAAUGGUGAUGGGGACGCUAGCAGUGGUUCCAGGAAGGCCAAGACACCCCAGCAACGCACAGGUAUCGCCAUGGUGAAGCACAUCUUGGAAGAGGUGCAGGGAGAUUGCUACGCAUUCAGUGAGGCGUUGCCUGCGCUGGCGUUCUUCCAGUCUAGACAGGUGAGGCCGACUGCCUGGAAGUGUCCUCUGGAAAUAGGGGCCGACAUCAAGAUCCCUAUCAACGGAUUUGUGAAGGUAAAGGACUACAAACUGAAGCAAUCCUGGAAGGAUGUCUAUGCUAAGGACCCCAGCAUGGAGGUGGGAAAGCUGCGAACUUAUCACAAGAAUGACGAGGAACAGACAGAGGUGGACAAGGAUGAUAUGGUCGAAGGCCAUCGCUAUGGUAACACUCUAGUUCCCAUGACGGAGGAUGACAAGACCAACAUGAAGUACAAGGCUGAGAAGUGUUUCAAGGUGUUGGGAUUCACAAAGACAGAAAAUGUAAAGCGGCAUGAGAUGAUGGGAGACGGGUGUAUGGUGGUUGUUGCAGAAAAGGGGGAUGAGACGGCCGGUGUAGCCCUGUCAGCCAUCAUUAACGCCCUCUACGAGACGAACAUGUGUGCUGUUGCCCGCCGUGUGUAUGACGCCAGGUCCAGUCCCCGCGUCGGAUGUCUCAUUCCACACAUAAAGGCAGAUUAUGAGUGUCUGUACUGGUUUGAACUUCCAUACAUGGAGGAUGUGCGUCAGUUUACAUUUGGCUCCUUGCCAGUAAAAGAAGAGAACCCCACAAAUAAGAAAUUUAAACCCUCAGAGGAACAGCUGUCAGCUGUGGACAGUCUCAUCACAAACAUGGACCUUAGCAAAGCAGGACAAGACGAAGACGGAGAACCCUGCGAAGUCUUGAAACCAAAGUUUACCUUUAACCCACAUUUCCAGCGCUUGUUUCAGUGCUUGCAACACAGGGCUUUGAAUCCAGACAGUGAGCUGCCAGAGUUGUCUCCCCUGAUUGCCAACUACCUGAGGCCCCCAGAGGAGGUGCUGGCAAACUGCCAAGGGAACUUCAAGACUCUGAGGGAGAAGUUCAAGCUGGAAGUGGUGAAGAAGAAGGAGCAGCAGACUGGAGAGGCACUGUUUAAAGAAAAUGGGGAUUCUGUGGAACCAGCUGCAAAGAAGAUGAAGCUACAGAGCAACCUGGAAGGGGGCAUAACCAGCUUGGCAAAGGCCAAAGUAACAGAGGUAGGUUCUACAACUCCAGUGGAAGAUUUCCUGACACUUGUUAACAUAAAAGAGGAGGACAAAUUUGAUGAAGCGUGUGGUCAGAUGCAGAAGAGGAUCCAGCAGAUUGUGCUGGACUCGUUCGGGGACCAGUUUUAUGACAAGGCCAUGGCCUGUCUCAAGUGCUUAAGACAACAGUGCUGCAAGAAUAUCGAGGCAAGUCAGUACAACAAAUUUGUGAAGGAAUUCAAGGAUACUUUGAUCUCAAAAGCUAGAAGAGAUUUCUUCGACCGUAUGGUGUUAGACAAGCAGUGCUUGAUAACAAAGCUGGAGUGUGAAGACGGGGUCUCCGAAGAGCAGGGUAAGGAGUUCAUGUCAGGGGAGGCAAUCAAGGAUGAGGAGUCGGCUGGGGAGGAGUCAGCUGAGGAGUUGCUGGACGAACUGUAGAGCACUCCGCAGUUUCCAUCAGCAUUUUUAUGAUCCAGUUUCUGUAGAAACCCUUUUUAUGUCGAACGUCUUCAUGCAGUAAUGCAGUUUUGAAAAGCAUUAUGUGUAAAGAUUGCUACAUCUUUGGAACGCCAUGUGUUUGUUAAAAGUGUGCUACAUAGGCGUUUGGACGUGAAUAUAAUUACUACGCGUGUUUAUGACUAUUGUUACCAGUACCUUAUGUAUCUUGAUGUUCAAUAAAUGUUUAGUAUCAACUGAA